AGACACGACGAUCACUUCGAGAAACGUGACACUCGUGACAGUAGUUUUGCAACGUUUACGAGUUUACGAGGUGUACAACGGGAGUCCAAGUGAAGUGAGUGGCUGACAGAGAACACAGAUUGAGCAUAUUAAAGCCUCGAAUUAACGAUCAAAAGGUUCGUCUGUACGUACUAGGCGCGAGAAUAUCAAAGGCAGCGGAUAUUACUACGCCGCACGUUGUGGAAGGAAGCAGAAAUCGAGUACUGGCAGGAAGUGAGUAGAAGGGGGUACGUCGUUGAGCUAGUUGAUUCGGUGGUGGCUACAUGUGGCUGUCCGCCGGUCGCAACAACGAGGCAUUUUCUAUCGGAGCAUAAGAAAUUACGUUUCUCCACGAUACUCGACAGACGAAAGAAGAUAAAAUCAUGCAAAUGGAUCCGACGACAGUACACCUUAUCCAGGUUCUAGAGAGAACUGUCUCCUCAAACAAAAAUGAACUGGAAGCAGCUCAGAAUUUUCUGGCGCAGGCAGCAGCAACUAAUCUUCAUGAAUUUUUGCAAAGACUCAGCGGUGUGCUGGUUAAUGCCACCGCAAGUCCAGUUGCUCGUAUGGCAGCAGGUCUUCAACUUAAAAAUCAACUUACAUCCAAAGAUCCAGAGUUAAAAUGUCAAUAUCAACAACGUUGGCUCGCUAUUCCUGUAGAAACAAGGGAAUAUAUUAAGAAGAAUAUUUUUGGAGCACUCGGAACAGAGAACAAUAGGCCAGGUUCUGCAGCGCAGUGUGUUGCAUAUGUAGCAGUUACUGAAUUACCUGUUCGUGAAUGGACCAAUGUCAUUCAACUAUUAGUUAAUAAUGUUGUAAAUCCAAACAGCACAGAAAUAUUAAAAGAAGCAACUUUAGAAGCUAUUGGUUACAUUUGUCAAGACAUAGAUAGCGAUGUUUUGGUAUCUCAGUCUAAUGAAAUUCUCACUGCUAUUAUUCAUGGUAUGAAAGUAUCUAGUACUUCGCAUUAUGUCCGUCUAGCAGCUACAAGUGCACUCUAUAAUUCGUUAGAAUUUACCAAAGGAAAUUUCGAAAUAGAGACAGAGAGAAACUUCAUUAUGGAGGUGGUAUGCGAGGCAACGCAAUCCUUAAACACACAAGUUAAAGUAGCUGCUUUACAGUGUCUUGUGAAAAUUAUGUCAUUGUAUUAUCAAUAUAUGGAGCCAUACAUGGCUCCAGCACUCUUUCCAAUUACUCUAGAAGCUAUGAAGUCAGAUAUUGAUGAAGUAGCACUGCAAGGAAUUGAGUUUUGGUCGAAUGUAUCUGACGAAGAGGUAGAUUUAGCCAUGGAAGAGGGUGAAGCUACCGACGGUGGUCGACCGCCAGUCAAAGUAUCGAGACAUUAUGCAAAAGGCGCUUUGCAAUAUCUGGUACCUGUUUUAAUGAAAAAGCUUACUAAACAAGAGGAAUUUGAUGACGAAGACGAUUGGAAUCCUUCGAAAGCUGCUGGAGUGUGUUUAAUGUUACUAUCCUCUUGUUGCGAGGAUGCUAUCGUUCCAUUCGUUCUUCCUUUCGUUAAAGACAACAUUAAGAGCCACGAUUGGAGGUAUCGGGACGCAGCUUUAAUGGCUUUCGGUUCUAUUCUUGGUGGUGUUGAUCACGCUACUCUGAAACCUUUGGUAGAACAGGCAAUGCCAACGCUUAUCGAACUAAUGUACGAUAGCAGUGUCGCGGUAAGGGACACAGCUGCAUGGACAUUCGGUCGAAUUUGUGAAAUUAUACCAGAAGCGGCGAUUAGUGAGACGUAUUUGAAGCCACUGUUAGAGGCUUUGAUAAACGGUUUGAAGGCAGAACCUCGCGUUGCAGCGAAUGUUUGUUGGGCAUUCACAGGUCUUGCAGAAGCUAGCUACGAGGCUGCAGAAACUAUCGAGGGACAAAAUCCAGAGACAUAUUGCAUGUCUCAGUACUUUGAUUUUAUUAUCCAGAGAUUGUUGGAAACAACGGAUCGUCCGGACGGAGCUCAAGCUAACUUGAGAUCAGCUGCUUAUGAGGCACUGAUGGAUAUGGUGAAGAACUCUCCGCGCGAUUGUUACUUAACCGUGCAGAAGACGACAAUGGUGAUUCUGGAGAGAUUGCAGCAGGUUCUGCAAAUGGAGACACAUAUCCAGAGCCACUCUGAUCGUGCUCAAUAUAACGAUUUGCAAUCGUUGUUAUGCGCUACCUUGCAAUCUGUGCUACGCAAAGUUACACCGGAGGAUGCCCCGCACAUUUCUGACGUAAUAAUGACAGCAUUAUUGUCCAUGUUCAACUCGAAUUCUUGCAAAGCUGAAGGUGUGCAGGAGGAUGCUCUUAUGGCUGUUUCGACUCUAGUCGAAGUGCUCGGAGAAGGUUUCUUGAAGUAUAUGGAUGCGUUCAAACCGUAUCUUUGUCUUGGCUUAAAGAAUCACGCAGAGUAUCAAGUUUGUUGCGCUGCUGUGGGUCUGACCGGAGACAUUUGUCGUGCCCUGAAAAACAAGAUGUUGCCCUAUUGCGACGAGAUCAUGACACUUUUGCUGGAAAAUCUUGGCAAUAAUUCGGUUAAUCGUUCCGUGAAGCCUCAGAUCUUCUCCGUAUUCGGUGAUGUUGCUCUCAGUAUCGGUCCAGAAUUCAAGAAAUAUUUGGACGUAGUACUUCAAACGUUGGCACAGGCUUCCCAAGCGAAUGUCGACAGAAGCGAUUAUGAUAUGAUUGAUUAUCUGAACGAAUUACGAGAAGGUGUUCUUGAGGCUUACACUGGUAUAGUACAAGGAUUACGCGGUGACGGAUCGAAUCCUUGUCCAGAUGCGGCAAUUGCUCUGGUGGAGCCGCACGUGCCCUUCAUCAUCCAGUUUAUCACGUCUAUAGCCCAAGAUCGUGAACAUUCUGAAGGCAACAUCUCAGCCUCGGUGGGCUUGCUUGGUGAUCUUGUCACCGUGUUCGGAGUAAAACUCUUGCCAAUGGUAGAAACGGACCCGCUUACGGAACUCUUAACCAAGGCUAGACGAUCACGCACUGACAAAACAAAGACCCUGGCCAACUGGGCAUCCAAAGAGAUCCGGAAGCUCAAGAAUGUUGCUAACUCUACGUCCAGUUGAUCACCCCACGGUUGUACUGUCGUGCAAUUUGAUUUGACUAGAGAGCUAUCGAACACAAUACAAAGACAACAAGAUUGGAUGGUGCGGAUGCGAGUUGAUGGAUGUGCGUGAGUUUCGAAACGAUGACGAUGAUGGGGUGAUGAGUCUGCACGUGUCCCUGCUCUGGCGACGGUAUUCGAGUACCGACACGUCCGAGCGCAACCCCAAAUGGUCGAGAAAAUAAAUACCUGUCUGCCGGAUGUCUGCCGACUACGGAUGAUGAGGAAUGCAAGUGGAUGUUGCCGAUGAAUGAGCCAAGGCCGAAGUUUGCCGAGAUGUUCCGGUGAUGCAAGUAUGCCUGAUAACGAGGCUUCUACCUGCGUGAUUGAGAAGUUGAACCUGAGGAAAGGACGACUUCGAUGGACGGUGUUCGUGGCCAGUGAGAGAGUGAGAGAGUGAGAGCGAGAGAGAGAGAGAGAGAAAGAGAGAUUGAAAGAUUGAGUAAGUACGAAAGGAUGAAUGAAGUGAACGUUGAAGAAAAUGCAGGGAAACCAAACGAGAGAGAGCGAGACUGUAGAGCUAUGAAAGGAAGUAUGUGCUCUAUUAAUUGAAUUAGUAAGAAUGAUUUUAUUAAUAUGUAUGCGUGUAAAAUCGCAGAGAGUCUGUGUGUAUAAAAUAAAACAUGUCACUAUUGAAUGAGCGAUAUUACACACUUGUCGAGAAAGUUGAAUCAAUGCGCAACUCGUUGUAAAGCUCCUAGCUUUUUUGUCCUCCUAUAGCUUUGCCAACGAAGCCCGCGACCUGUUUCCAAUUCCUUACUAAACUAUCACACCAUCACUCGUUUGAAGCAAUUGAAGCAUCAUCGAAUGACUGUUGUUGUGACAGCGUGAUUUAGUAGUUAAUGGUCGAAAUAAAUGGUCUCAGAAUGUUGAUUGCAAUUUUGAUGCAGCGAAGUGAUGCACGAGUGGGUAUGAAAACUACAUAAGAAAGGAAGAGAAAGAGAGAGCGAGAAAGAGGAAGAGGUAAAAAAGGUAAGAGUGAAUGCAUGUGAGUAGCAUCACGAAUGUUGAAUGAUUCUCUAAAAAAAAAAAAAUAAAAAAAAUGAUCGGAAAAGUUCGAAAUAUUGAUGAUCUCUGGUCCGAUCGUGCUGCGCGAGAAUCUAAUUGAUCAGUUGUAGUAGGAUGAUGAUGAUGAUGAUGAUGACGACGACGACGACGACGCGUAUGUUACUUUUUGACCGUAUGUGUGUCUGUUGCUGUUGAUUCAUUAAAAUUAAUAUUUUGCUGGCAUAAGUUACUGAGUUGUACCGAAGUCCUCGUCCGGCCUGAACGUUCGAGUAAAAAAAAUUGAUAAAAAAAAAAAAAAAAGAAAACUAAUCGACUAUUCAGUUCCAAAAACACAUUACACAAUGAUCUGGAAACGUAAUCCUGCGCACUAUUGGAAAUAAUUUUAUGCGAUCACCGUAUCAUUAAUUUGUAUUUUUGUGAUUCUCCAGCGGAAUAUCGGACGAGAGCUUUCAGCACUGCCAUUAACGUUGAAACGAUGCUAUGUACGUGGUGUCCAGGCACGUGUUUUAGAUCAUUCGUUCCUUCCUUUGAAUUAUAAAGGGUACGAGGAUGUCGAAAGCUCGUUUCGCGCGAGUAUUUGUCGAAGAGAUUCGUCUUCCUGGCCUCGCAUUGUUUCAAAAAGACAAUUGUCGAUGAUCGAAUGGAAAAAAGAAAAUUGUGUCAAGAACGUUGCUCAUCUUUAUUCGCACGUUAUUCCGAUGCCCAUUGAAAAAACGAAUACGGUGAUCGCGUAAAAGUCAAGAAUGAAAUUUCGAAAGAAGGCUACUGAUAUAACCCUGCUUUCGCAAGCUGUUCCGCGAUAAAAUCAAACAAAUUGUACAUGAAUAGAUAGAUAAAUUUGUUGAGGAAAUUGAACUGGGGAUAUUUCAAACGCCUGAUUGUGCAAGGAUUACGCACUUCAGAGACUACUUUUUCCUUUUUUUUUUUUUUUUUUUUUUUUGUGUGUGUGUACAGAGACAUCCCCCUAUUACACGAACAUUUUGAUCUUGAAACGACUGAAAUAAUAUCAAAUGUAUCAGAAAUGUUUCAGGAUCCUUCGACGACACGAAGAUCUUUGAUUUUCUCGCACACUUCCUUGUCGGCCAGUCUCGCAAAUUUCCAUAGUUUCUCCUUUAUCGGGGAUUUUGUGCACGAACGUGAUAUUUAGUAAGAUUUUACACGAAAGAUUAAGCGGACGGUCGGGCGCUCUAAUAAUAUAAUACGAAGUUACGUCAUGUGGUUGAAACGUAGCUGUGCUAGUGCCAUGCAUUCCAAAUACUUUUGCCAGCGGAAGCACACUGUGUGACCGUUCUUUUGUGAUGGUCGAGGUAUAUUUUAUAGCAAUUUCAUUCUGAACUAACACACUUUUUCCCUCGUGAACGCCUCGUUUACGCAAAGCUUUACGUACAGACACGAUAGCAAACAGAGAAGAUUAUUGACAAUGGUCGCAGCGAGAUUCGAAUCGAAAUCUAGGCUGAGGGGUCGUAUCUUCGCAAAGGAAGGAACCGCCUGGGACGGGGUAAACGUAUUUCGGCGGAACAAACACAUAAACAAAAACUAAACAAAACAAUUUAAAAUAGGAAAGAAGCGAAUAAUAAGUAACGACGAAAGAAAGUAGAAGGGGGAAACAAAAUUGGCGUGAGAAGAAGAGAUGCAAAAGGGCAAAUAGGGAAUUGACGUGAAACGAUUAUAAACUAAGAGACUUUUUAUUAAAUUGAUUAUCUUUUUUACGAUUUUACAUAUCGAGAGAAACCAAUGUGUCUGCUCCACGUCUGGAUAUAAAAAUAAAUAUAUAUACAUAUAUAAUUUUUUUACUGUUGCAAACGAUAUUGCCAAACUUAGCGUAUAAGGAAGAGAAACGUCUAUCUAGCUUUAAAAAAAGAAAAAAAGAAGAAGAAGAAGAAGAAGAAGAUGGGAAGAAAACUAACGAAACAACAAAGAAAUGAAAAUAGGGGUAGGGAAAAAAAUCGUUUCGGCGAGCCGCUCGUUACGUAGACUGGAGCCUAAACCUUGAUCUCUUUGCGAUACAUACAUCCAUACAUACACCAAACACAGACAGUCGUGUACACGAAUGGAAAUUCUUCGUACAUUGUUUUAUCCUCGCGGUGGAUCGUUUCGAUUUCGAAGCAGAACGAAAUUCUCGCAGACGAAACACGGUGUCUUCCAAUCACGAAAAUUUCUCCUCCUACGAAAAAAAGAAACCCUAUAGCUUUGCCUUAACAGUUCUCGCGGUGACGACUGCCGUCAUCGAUCUACCAAAGUCGAAGUCUUGAUAAGUUCGUCAUUAAAAAGAACAGCCAAAAGUUUCCAAAAAGAAAAAAAAAGAGAGAGAGAGAGAGAGAGAAAAAGAAAAAGAUGUACGAAAAAACGAAACAGUGAGACGGUUUAUUCCGAAUCCAAAAAAGAA